CAAUUUACUUCUAUGUGCUCUUUGAGCACUGUCUGUGCUCGAGGAUGAGUACCGGCAUCGCCGGGCGCAACUCCGUAAAAUCAUCAAAAUGCACCGCAGACGGAGGAUGCUGUUCUUGCAGCAGCUUGCGCAGGACAGCAACUUUUUGGUGUUAGGCAUUGAGUUCAUUCGUCUCCCUGCUGUUUUCAGACGCUACUGGGUCUGUCCCAGUAGCAAGGAUUGGUGGGAGAAUUUAGUUUUGAAAGUAUGGAAUUAUGAAAGGUGGAUCGAGAGCUUCAGGAUGAGUCGGGCCAUGCUGUUUGAAAUCGUUGCUGAGCUGACUCCAGCACUCCAGAGGAACCAGACGGCCAUGAGGGAGCCACUUUCCGUCGCUAAGCGUGUUGCCAUUGGUAUUUGGAAGCUGGCUAACCCUGGGUUCUAUAAAAAUGCAGCAGAGCAGUUUGGGGUUGGCCGCUCGACAGUUGGCGAAGUCUUCGUUGAAGUCUGCUUGGCAAUGCAGCUAGUUCUUCUUCGUCGCACAGUCUAUCUUGGCGAUUAUCAAAAGGUAAUGGACGGCUUUGCAGCUUUGGGAUUUCGGGGAGCCUGCGGAGCCACAGAUGGAACGCAUAUUGAAAUUGUUUGUCCCAUUAGGCAAGGCAACGAUUUCAUAAAUCGGAAAAACUAUUAUUCUAUGAUUCUGCAGGGGACUAUGGACCACACUGGCCGCUUCACCCAUAUUGAUGUGGGGUGGAGUGGCAGGGACCACGAUGCCCAUGUAUUCAGAAAUUCAUCCGUCUUUGAGGCAAUGGAUGCUGGAGUUUUUUGCCCCUCCAAUGAGGUCUGGAGAAUUGGGGACGUCGAAGUGCCGCCUUUCAUUGUCGCUGAUGGGGCUUAUCCAUUGCAGAAAUGGCUUAUGAAGCCGUAUGGGGGUAACGUUGAGCCACCGCAAGCUCACUUCAAUUACUGCCUUAGCCGUGCCCGGAACGUUGUCGAACGUGCCUUUGGGAGGCUGAAGAGCAGAUGGAGGUGCCUCAGUGGUCGUUUGGAAGUGGCGGAGGAAAAUGUUCCCUCAGUUAUUACUGCUUGCAUAAUUCUGCACAACAUCUGUGAAGCCAGAGGUUACGCAAUCAUUAACAGAGAUGGACCUCUAAACCGUGUAACACUUGCGACCCUAGGACAAGCCUAUGUUAAUAAUGAAAACGAGCGUCUAGCUGAGGGAACCGAGGUUAGGGAUGCUAUUUGCACAUACUUGUGGCACAAUAGGGAGUUGCGUCGGUAAAA